CCCGCCCCACCCCCUGCUCAGUCUCUCUCUGCAGAAGGUUCUGGUCGCUUUGGUUUCGCGCAGCUAGAGCCGCAAUGAUGGGCCGCCCGGUUAUCGUGUUGAGUCAGAAUACCAAGAGGGAGUCUGGAAGAAAAGUCCAGACCGGGAAUAUCAGCGCCGCGAAGACCAUAGCAGAUGUCAUUAGAACAUGCUUGGGUCCCAGAGCUAUGAUGAAGAUGCUGCUCGACCCCAUGGGUGGGAUUGUAAUGACCAACGAUGGCAACGCUAUCCUCAGAGAGAUCCAAGUGCAGCACCCUGCAGCCAAAUCCAUGAUUGAGAUCAGCCGCACUCAGGACGAGGAGGUGGGAGACGGGACCACGUCAGUCAUCAUUCUGGCUGGGGAGAUGCUGGCCGUAGCAGAGCAGUUCCUGGAGCAGCAGAUGCACCCGACGGUGGUGAUCUGCGCUUACAGACAGGCGCUGGACGACAUGAUCGGCAUCCUGAAAGACAUCAGCACCCCGGUGGACGUGAACAGCCGGGAGAUGAUGCUGAAGAUCAUAAACUCUGCCAUCAACACCAAGGCCAUCAACCGCUGGGCUGACCUGGCCUGCAACAUUGCGCUGGAUGCAGUGAAGACUGUGGAGCUGGAGGAGAACGGGCGCAAAGAGAUCGACAUCAAGAAAUACGCCAAGGUGGAGAAGAUCCCAGGCGGUAUCAUCGAGGACUCGUGUGUCCUGCGCGGCGUGAUGGUGAACAAGGACGUGACCCACCCCCGCAUGCGCAGGAUGAUCAAGAACCCGCGCAUCGUGCUGCUCGACUGCUCGCUGGAGUACAAGAAGGGAGAGAGUCAGACGGACAUUGAGAUCACACGGGAGGAAGACUUUGCCAGAAUUCUGCAGAUGGAGGAGGAAUACAUCCAGCAGAUCUGUGAAGACAUCAUCCGUCUGAAACCAGACCUCAUCUUCACAGAGAAGGGAAUCUCGGACUUGGCUCAGCAUUACCUCAUGAAAGCAAACAUCACAGCUAUCCGCCGUGUCAGGAAAACAGAUAACAACAGAAUCGCCAGGGCGUGUGGGGCGCACAUUGCCAGUCGUACUGACGAGCUGCGCGAGGAGGACGUGGGCACCGGCGCCGGCCUGUUCGAGAUCAAGAAGAUCGGGGACGAGUACUUCACCUUCAUCACAGAGUGCAAGGACCCCAAAGCCUGCACCAUCAUCCUGAGAGGGGCCAGCAAGGAGAUCCUGGCUGAGGUUGAGCGCAAUCUGCAGGAUGCCAUGCAGGUGUGCCGCAAUGUGCUGAUUGACCCCUCCCUGGUGCCGGGGGGCGGGGCUGCGGAGAUGGCCGUGUCUCACCUGCUCACGGAGCGCUCCAAGACCAUGACCGGCGUGGAGCAGUGGCCCUACCGCGCCGUGGCACAGGCCCUGGAGGUCAUUCCCAGAACCCUGAUUCAGAACUGCGGAGCCAGUACCAUCCGGGUCCUUACCUCCCUCAGGGCAAAGCACACGCAGGAGGGCAGCGUAUCGUGGGGGGUGAACGGAGAGACAGGGGCGCUGGUGGACAUGAAGGAGCUGGGGAUCUGGGAGCCGCUCGCUGUCAAAGCUCAGACCUACAAAACCGCAGUGGAGACUGCCAUCUUGCUCCUGCGUAUCGACGACAUUGUUUCCGGUCACAAGAAGAAGGGGGGUGACUCUGGAGCUUCGCCGGCUGAGCAGUAGGAAUGGUCAGCGAUAUCUCCUGAACAGCCAUCUGCUCUGUACACACACACACACACACACACACGCCCGUAUUUCAGUAUUUAUUGCAAUGUCUGAUGGGCUCAGAGCCAGAAUCCUCUGCUGACACGCAAGCUUCUCGAAAUGAUGACACAGAAUGGUUUACAUCAGUUGUAACUGCAUUAUAAUUAUAGUAAUAAAAGUCGGUUGAAAUAAUAAA